AUGUUCAGUAAAAAAUCACAUGCAGAUGUUAAAAAAUCAACACAAAAAUUUUUAGAUUCUAAAAAAGAUACAGCAACUCGUUUGAAACACCUAAGGAUCGUCAUAGAUCAUGUCGAGGGAGAAGAAGCUUCAACAUUUUUCGAAACACAUUCCACAUUUAUUUAUUACUUACUCUGUGAUGUUAUUACAGCUGCAGAAGCCAGCAGCAAGCAAAGAGUUCACAAAGCACAUAGAGAAGAACUUGAUUCAGCUUUAAUUAUAUUAGAAAAAUUAUUGUUGAACUUACCGGAUUUAUUAGGUCGAGGAUGGCAACAGCAUGCUUUAUUAAGAACUCUAUGCAAAUUACUUUAUCCCGGAAAUUCUUUGAAACUCAGGAAGGACGCAGUAAGGUAUUUUAUAAUUUGGUAUCAAGCACUGGGUGAAAAUGCUCCAAAGGAAGUUGAUGCUGUGUUUGCAACCCUUGUACCUGGUUUUCCAUCUCCCAAACCGGGAUUUGGAAUUCCUUCUUCACCAUUACCAUCGACUAAAGUUUCACCAACUGCUUCAGUUUUUCAUGAUUCUGCACCUGGUCCACUUGGAGAUUUUCAACCUGUUUUACCCCCUCAAAGCGGUGAAAAGCCAUUAGAUGAACCGAUGAGGUAUUUUCUUGAUGUUUUACUUGACGCCAUGGUAUCUCAAGUUAAUCGAAUUGAAUGGAAGGAAAAACUAUGCAAAUCCCAUAAAAGUUUUUCGUUUUUAUUGGAGAGAUUUAAGAAAUAUUAUUUACCUCACAUUUUUCCAUAUUGGAAUUCUCAUACUAAUUUGUAUCCUCCAUCAUUAGAUUUGCCGCAUUUGAGACGAUCAACGGAUUCUGUUGUGGAUGUGGAUUCAAAAGAUCCCAUUUUAUCUUGCAGAGUAGCAGUUAUUAAAUGGGUUGCCAGUUUUACUCAUAUAACGAAAAAAGAUCAAAACAAUUUACCUCACUCGAACAGUAUAACUCCGGACACGGAACAUUCGUCGGGAAUUGGAGAUUUUCGACGAGUGAGUAUUAAUCAAGGGCCUUUAGUACCUAGUCCGAAUGCAGAUCAACUGACUCCAUUUCAUUCGCUAACGGAUUCGGGAACCGAAAUCGAAACGGGAACAAUCGUCCAAGAAGUUUUUUUCAGUACAAGAGAAAAUGUUUGCUUCGUAUUGGAAGUUUAUCAUCAGGCUUUCCUUUUACCAUUUACUCAUGCUCAUGCUAUACGUAGAGCCAUAUCCGUUUACAAAGAUUGGAUACAAAUGAAUGUGCCUGAACUACCUCCUUUUAUUUUAGAACCCAUAGAAAGUUUAGAUGGCAAUGAAACGGAAUUACGCGUUAGACUACGAAACGAUUCUUAUUUAAGUGCAGUUCAUAAAGAUUACUUAUUGACGCGAGCUGGAUUGCAGAGUACUUUACAACUAUUCGUAACCCACGCGGCGAGUGUCUUUUUACUCCAAGUGAAAAAUCCUAGUUUAUUGGAAGAACAAGUGGAUACUUGUAAAAGAGUACUUAAUAUAUAUAGAUAUAUGGUUAUGCAAAGUAGAAUGGAAUUAAAAACCUGGGAGCAACUUCUUACAGUUUUACUCCAUAUAACGAGAUCGGUAUUGACUAGAACGGUUCCUAAACGAAAAGAGGAAACAUUAGGUGGUAAAUUAGCUCAGGCAAUAUUUCAAACUCUGAUUGUUACUUGGAUCAAGGCAAAUUUAAACGUGAUAAUUUCCACUGCUCUCUGGGAUGAAUUUUUGUCUCUUUUAACUUCUUUGACGCAAUGGGAAGAACUCAUUAAAGAAUGGGCUAAAACAUUAGAAACUCUUACGAGGGUUUUGGCGAGACACGUAUACGGUUUGGAUUUAACAGAUCUUCCUUUGGAUAGAUUAUCCGAACAGCAAGCUAAAAAACGACGAGGAAUAAAGAGCACUCAGCCGGAUGGACCUAAACCUUUUCCCGGAAGAAAAGGAAGUACGAAGUUAUUGAAAAAUCAACAAAGUUCUUUACCUGAAACUUCGACCACUCCAGAUACGAGCGGAUCAUUUCAAUUUUGUUCGGUUCGAAAGAGAGUAGACAGUCUUAGCGAUUAUCAAUCUCAGGUGACAACCGUUGUGAGGAGUUCGAGUGAAGGAAAUCUGACAAAUGUCGGACGCAAGCAACUAAAGCGGCAAAGUCAAAGUACAAAUAAAAGUAAUAUAAUCAUUCCAAUUUUACCGGUGUCGGUCGAAUCUGAGGUUAAUAAAUUAUUAAGGGGAGCUAGUUUUCCUUCUACGACCAUAAAACAACCGUGGUUAAGAAAAUGGCGAAGUGCCGAUUCUUUAAGGCACGAAGACAGUCCCAUUGUUACUCGUUCUCCUUCUCCAGCACCUUCAUCUGGAGUUGAAACGAGUUCGAUCAAAGAUUCUCCAAUGCCUUUAGAUUUUGUUACAACGGAUUCUUCGAGUCCAGAAUGUAAUGGCAACGAAGGGCGGAGCGUCAUGGCGGGGGGAACCAUUACAGGUUGGCUACCUGAUGUGGCUGUCGUACUCUGGAAAAGAAUGUUAGGGGCUUUAGGAAAUAUUAAUAAAAUACAGGAUCCUUCUCUCCAUGCCCAAGUUUUUGAUCAUUUGAUCGAUCUAUGGGAUACUUUAGCUAAAAUACGUGCGAAUCAAGGUGUGCCGGAAGAAGGAACAACGCCUCCUCCUCCCGUUUUGACUCCUCCAUUAACUUUAUUUGCUCCUUGGUGUUUCGAGGCUUUACAAUUGCCAGAGAAUUAUCAACGAGGAAAGCUCAGUGCUUACCGCCUGUUAUGUCGAAUGACUUUAGGUGCAGAAUUAUGGACUCUUUCUCAAUCAUUUUUAGCACAUCUUUAUCGGUCUUUGCAUUCAGGAUUGUCCGGACCUCAUCCUUUGAUUGUGUGGACGGUUUUAAAAUGUUUGGGUCCUAGAUUUUUGUCUCGUCAGUUACCGGGUUACUCUUUACUUUUACUGGAUCUUAUUUCGGCAUCCAAUGCAGUCUUGGAAUCAUCCGACUUGCAGGCUCCGAGAAUUGAAGCUGCUGGCCUUUUAGGCUCAGUAAUUAACUUACCGUAUAUGGUUUCCCAAGCACCUUCUCUCGAUCCCAGGAAUUCAUCUUUAAGCAUUUUAAAAUUUGCCGGAGCAAAAGAUCACGUUUUAGCAUCGUUAUUAAGGUGUGCUAAAAGAGAACCUACGGGUGUGGCCAGAUGCACUGCCUUGUCCGCGUUAUCCGUAUUUGCCUAUACGGAGUUGUUGGGACCGUCUCCUCACUCAUCAGUAGAACAAGCUUUUGAUCUAAUUCUUUUGGCGUUGCAGUUUAAGCAAAAGCCCGUGAGUUUUGUGGCCUGUGAUUUAUUAUUCGCAUUAUCUGAUCAUAUGGAAGCUUUAAUUAAAAAAUUUCCACGAAUACCGGCAAAAGUUGUAAGAUUCCUCGCUCACGUACUUGGAGGUUUAGGUUCGAAUGCUGGAUCAUUGGGUCCUGUUUUAGCCCUAACUUUGGGCGAAUGGACCAUGAGAUAUCCCAUUCCACUUUUAUUAUCCGAAAACGUUUUAAAUGAAUUAUCUCAAGGUGCGAAUUCCGUGAAUACUAUUCCACCAGAUUUUUCAAAAGAAAUAUUGUCAGAAUGGGAAAAUAGUAUAAAAAUAGAUGAUAUGAAAGCAUUUCGAAAGCCGAAUCAUUUAAGUCUUGAUAAAAAUACAUCGUCUUCUCUUGCCUGCAGAGCAAUAUUAAUGCAUUUAGUGAGUCAUUUAGGGCAUUUUCCCAUGGGAUUAGGUGCUGCUCGAUUAAGUUCUCUCGUGCAAGAGCAUGACGAUGUUCCUUCGUUAGGUUCCGAGUUGUCAACAAAACUUUUCUACGCUCCCAACAUUCAAUUUAUGAUGGUACGAAAUUCUUUGAUGUCAAUGAUUGAAGUUGAGCAUCUUCCUGCUCCCGGCGGUGGGUUUACAGCUGGAUUAGUCACCGCACCUUUCCAGGCCAGAGUACUUCUCAGAGACUUGGCAAAUAAAGCUUCUUGGGAUGCCAGUGCUCUUUAUUGCAGUCCACAAGAUCUUCCAAACUUACGGAAAACUCCAAAGAAUGCUAUUAGACCUUUAAGAUCUCAUGUUUUACCAACGUUUCAAAACGCAGCACCAGACAUGGAUAAUCUACACGAUUUAUUAAGAUACAUUGGACACACGAGUCCUGAAUGUUUGGAAAUUCCCGAUCAAGAUUUGAGCGAACCGGGUCCUACUCCGUUUCCAUUUAGCAAACAAACGGAAGCGGAAGUCAUUUCGGCAAUUCUGGCUCAAAAAAAUUUAGAAAUUGAUUACAAACAAUACUCGGAGCCCAUGAAACCUUGCGUGCCUCCAGUACAACCCCCCGAAAGUUGUAAUGCUCCUUUUCAACAUUGCAGACAGCUUUUUUCUCAGCUUGGUCUUGCAGGUUGGGAAAGGAGGUCACAAAUACAAUUAUUAGCUCGUUCGGAAAGGUUGCUUCGGGAAUUAAGAAAUUUGGACACUCAGAGGGGUAGGGAAACGCAUAAAGUUGCCGUUAUAUACGUUGCUUCCGGUCAAGAAGACAAAGUGUCCAUUCUUUCAAACAAGGGUGGUUCGCAAGCAUACGAACAAUUUGUGGCUGGUUUAGCUUGGGAAGUUGAAUUAGCUUCACACACGGGAUUUAACGGAGGUUUAGGAAGUGGUUGCGGUGAUACCGCUCCUUAUUACGCCUCUGCUUUUGUCGAAGCUCUUUUUCACGUUGCCACGAGAAUGCCUUCCGACUCCGAAGAAGCUUUACUUCAAAAGAUGAGACAUUUGGGUAACGACGAAGUACACAUAGUGUGGAGUGAACAUACGAGAGAUUACAGGAGGUCUUCACUCCCUACGGAAUUUUGUGACGUAUUAAUCGUUGUAUAUCCGCUUCCCGAUAGUUUGUAUCGCGUCACGAUCGAUACUAAAGCUGAAAUGCCUUUUUUUGGACCAUUAUGGAACGAAGCCAUUGUCGAAGGGCAAGCAGUCGCGGGUUUAGUGAGAGCUGCUGCUUUAUCAGCAUCCAGAGCCAAAAGAAGGAUUUUACCACAUUAUCAAUCGUUUUACGAAGAGCGUUUUAGAUCUUUAUCCGGAGUUAUUUCCAAUCAUAAAGAUCCACAAAGUUUUGAAGAAUUUAUUGGUGCAAUUUAUUCUCCCGGAUUACCUCCGCCACCUCCACGAUCAAAUCAACCCCUUUCAUCGCGAUCCAUCGAUAGUAGCAAAAGUAAGGAGAUUUAA